GCUUUAUAUGAUAUAUUAAAGGUAAUGAAGUAAAGAAGUUGUUAUUUAUGAAAUUAAAAUAUAAUGUUUGCUUAAAUACCUGAAGCUGUAUAUUCUUUCCACUAAAUUGGGGGCUGGUUUUGAAGUUGUUUGCCUUUCUUUGACCAGAUCUUGUCGAAUAUGUAAGGCCCAUGGUUCCUUACAAACCUGCUAGUAAUUUUUCGGAUAAAUUUACAUAUUAUUCUGUACAGUUGAACAUUUGUGUUUUAACAUUCGGUUCUAUUGAGUAACUUGUUAUUAAUGAUGCCUACUCGUCAUCUUCCGGCAGCUGUUUUACCUCGUAUUGUAUCUGGAAUUCAACCAACGGGAAUUCCUCACAUUGGUAACUAUUUUGGUUCUCUUAAACAGUGGCUCGAUAUACAGAAUGAGUCUACGUUACGAAAGCAACGAACGAAUGAACGUUGUGCAUUUAAAGGGCAAAAUCAGAAAUUGUUCUUCGUGGCAGAUUUGCAUGCAUUGACGGUACCAGUUAGUGCAAAACUUUUGAGACGACGGCGUCUUGAAAUGCUCGCAAUGCUAUUAGCUAUAGGCAUAGACCCAAAGAAAAGCAUUUUGUUUAUCCAAAGCGAUGUUCCACAACACUGUGAGUUUAUGUGGCUUCUCGCAUGCAACACUUCUAUGGGAUCUUUAAACAGAAUGACUCAGUGGAAGUCUAAAACCCAAUUCCGUGAGACGGAUUUUGCAUCUUUUUUAAACUUGGAUGAAGCAACUAGUGGAAGAUUAAAGUUAGGGCUGUUUGCCUAUCCGGUUUUACAGGCAGCAGAUAUUAUUCUGUAUCGUGGCACCCAUGUUCCUAUUGGAAAAGAUCAGGUUCAGCAUCUCGAAUUAACGCGAACAAUUGCUAACUCCAUCAACAACAUACUAAAAAAACCUGUACUGAACCCACCCCAACCCAUAUUAAAUUAUUACUCCUCUAUAAUGGCAUUAAGAAGACCCACGAAAAAAAUGUCAAAGUCCGAUGACAAUACAGAGAAUUAUAUAUUACUGACGGAUACGGCAUCAAUAAUAGCACGUAAAAUCAGUCGAGCACUGACUGAUUCUAUAAGUGGUAUUACUUACGACAGAAUAAAUCGUCCUGGUAUCAGCAAUCUUUUGGCCAUUCUCUCCGCGACGACUGGCAAAGACAUUACAAGCCUGAGCUCUUCCUUUGCUGAUGCAUCACACGUUGAACUUAAAGCCACUGUUGCAGAAGCUGUGACGCAAUGUUUGGGUCCGAUAUCAGAGCGCUUUCAACGAUAUCUUGGUGAUAUAGAUUACUUAAACACAGUUGCCAAAGAGGGAGCAGAGCAGGCCACGUUUAUUGCCAACUCUGAGCUUUUGAAGUUGAAGAAAAUGUUAGGCUUGUGUUUUUGAGGCUUCUUUACUGUCAACUAAUCAUGACCAAUUAAUAAAAAUAAGAAGUGACAUUAAACGGAUAAAACAACGAAGAUAAAACAAGAUGGACUCUGUACUAAACGAUACUAGAAAAAUGAAUUAUAAGGUUACGCUGCCCCUCGGUAAGCGUGUUCAAAACUUCAAAUGUUUUAUCGAACGACUUUGUAACAGUAUUCAUGGCAAUGCAGAUUUGGAAAACGUUUUUACGAACAGCAGGAUUAGGGUGCUCAAUAAAUGCGGAAACGAUGGACUGUAGCGCAGUAUUGCAUUCGGGAUAUAAGAAGAAAUCAAAACGCUUAACACCUUCUGCAAGUAAUUGCAACAAAAGAACGAGAUGCCUUUCAGAAGGACUGGGUUUUACGAGAAUCCUUUCCCUGACAAAGAAGAUAAUUUUAAACGGGUUAGCGAUGCGACCAACAAUGACGACAUUAUCUUCAAUUCCAAUAGAAACAGCAUCUUCAUCUUCAGAUAUUGUUGCACGUUUCAGUAACGAAGAUAUAACAAUAGAGCAAGCGUCAAAGUGCAGUUGUUUUGAAGCUACGAGUAGAUACUCGCGUAAUAAUAACAAGAUGUCCGCAAUGUUGGCGGUUACGCUUUCAUCACUUAGAUAGUUCAUCAAACUUGAGGCAAAGUUUAUGUUGUUCAGUGUCAGUUCUGGUUGUUUCUGGACUAAUUUUAGAACCUGUCUUAAUAACGGAGAUGGCGCUUGCUUUCGUUCAAAUGCGACAGUAAGCUGAUACAAUAGAUCCUCAGAACAAGACUUGGAGAGAGGCGUGCUGGUUGUCAUUUUGUCUAAGCGAAACUUUAACCACUUGUUGGGAGCAAUAUCAACAUCUAAUGGUAUUGGCGUUGAUGGGAUUGGGCUUAUUCUGUCUUCACUGUCUAGGGCAGGUGAUCCCUGCUUAGACAGAGUAACUUUGUGCUCGCUUUUCUUUUCUCCGUUCGACAAGUCAGUAUGAGCAACAUCAACAUCGACAGGCAAUAAUAGAUUAUCGAGAGAUGGUAAUAUAUCUUUGCCCUCGUCAGAACUUUUAAUUUCGUCAAGAUCAGAAUCAUCGAAAUUAACGCUCUCAGUUUUGGGUGAGUGCAAAAUGUUUACUUUUUGUAUAUCUUCAACCCUAAAGUUAGGAGCAAUCAUUGUUAAUUCGGCAUCUUGAUUAUAUACUUCUUGCAGUUCAGAAGCACUAAAUUCAUUGAAUGUCAAAUCAAGUUUUUCUUGAAUGGAGAGAACCGGAGUGUUUUCGUUAGCAUUCCCAUUUGAUUUUAGCCCAGCAUCUUUAAUAGAUUUACUAAGCAUGGCCUCGCUAUUAGUUGCAACGUCAAGAUCAGGCUUCAAUCCUUCUUUCUUGGUAAAUUCCUGUUUCUCGGUUGACGCAACAUCCGUUGUCGCAUUUUGACCUUCUUCAGACAAAAUGGACGCACCUGUAUUCGAAAUGGGUUUUAAAGAAGAAGAUGGAGAUCUUGGUUCGUCAGUGCAUUCUGCUCCCCCAUUAGUGUUCCAAGAGUCAAGUAAUUUUGUGCUAGAGGUUACAUCGAGUUGGGAACGUACUGCCUCAUAUAUAGUUGAAUCAUAAUCACUGAAAGCUUUGAGUAAACUGCUGAGAGGCAACCAGUUUCUGGACGUCGUUUUGGUUUUUGCUACCAUAGGUAGAAUGCUUACUGCACAAUUUUUUACGGAGA